AUGGGGAGAUCCUUUACUCGACAUCAUUUCAAGUCCAUCAAAGAAAAACUGAAUAGGUUCAUCAUGUCACUCUCCACUCAUAAGUUACAGAAGGUACCUGAAAUUGAAGGAACGAGUAGAAUAAAGAAGGAUCAGCAAUUGUAUAUCAGCAGAGAUCGGACUCGAGCUUCAGAUUCGAGAUUCGACGAGCUCCAGACAGAUUUGAGGGAAGCUGGUCACAGGAACAUUGAGACGUUGACGGGGAAGUAUAUAGAGUUAGGUAAAAUUCUUCAGAAGAGGAAGAUCAACAUAGCAUGUGUUCAGGAGACUAGAUGGAAGGGUACUAAGGCCCGAGAUGUAGAUGGGUUUAAACUAUGGUACUCAGGGAGCACUAGGGGUAAGAAUGGGGUAGGUAUUUUAGUAGACAAGGAUCUCAGGGAGCUCGUGGUUGAGGUUAGGAGGGUAAAUGACAGGUUGAUGAGUAUUAAGCUGGUAGUUGGUGGGUUUACUGUAAAUGUGAUUAGUGCAUAUGCUCCUCAGAAGUUGUUCAUUGGCGGAGAUUUCAAUGGUCAUAUUGGGGCUAGUGUUGGGGGUUUUGAUGAUGUGCGUGGCGGGUACGGUUUUGGGGAUAGGAAUGAGGGAGGUAAUUCACUAUUGGAGUUUGCUAGAGCUUUUGAUUUGGUUAUAGCUAACUCGAGUUUCCCGAAGAGGGAAGUGCACCUGGUCACUUUUCGAAAUUUAAUGGGCAGGACUCAGAUUGAUUAUCUUCUCUGCAGGAAAUGCGAUAAAGGUUUGUGCACUACUGCAAGGUCAUCCUGA